AUGACUGUGACAUACACAUACCGUGUAGCUGAUGCACGCCUGGGCACCUUCUCACAGCUGCUGCUCCGAUGGAAAGGCAGCAUCUACAAACUCCUCUACUGUGAGUUCUUAAUCUUCAUCUCUUUCUACUUCAGCAUCAGCCUUGUCUACAGGUUGAUUUUGAAUGAGAACCAAAGGCUGAUGUUUGAGAAACUGGCCCUGUACUGCAACAGCUAUGCUGAGCUGAUCCCUGUGUCCUUUGUGCUGGGCUUCUACGUUACGUUAGUGGUGUCUCGCUGGUGGGGUCAGUACGAGAGCAUCCCAUGGCCCGACCGCAUUAUGAACCUGGUCUCGAGUAGCGUGGACGGGAAGGAUGAGUAUGGACGCCUUCUGCGGCGCACGCUGAUGCGUUACAUCAAUCUGCUGAGUGUCCUGAUCUUGCGCUCUGUCAGCACAGCAGUGUUCAAGCGGUUUCCCAGCAUAGAACAUAUUGUGACAGCAGGCCUGAUGACUCCAGAAGAACACAAGAAGUUUGACAGCUUGAACUCACUCCAUAACAAGUUCUGGAUCCCCUGUGUGUGGUUCUCAAAUCUGGCAGUGAAGGCACGUAAUGACGGACGGAUUCGUGACAGUGUGCUCCUCCAAGGCAUCUUGAAUGAAAUGAAUGCCUUGCGCAGUCAGUGUGGUCGACUCUACGGUUAUGAUUGGAUCAGUAUUCCAUUGGUCUACACACAGGUGGUCACAGUAGCCGUUUACAGCUUCUUCCUGGCUUGUUUAAUUGGUCGGCAGUUCCUGGACCCAGCAAAGGAAUAUCCUGGUCAUGAGAUGGACCUCUUUGUGCCUGUUUUCACCUUCUUGCAAUUUUUCUUCUAUGCUGGCUGGCUCAAGGUAGCUGAACAGCUCAUCAAUCCAUUUGGGGAAGACGACGAUGACUUUGAAACCAACUGGCUCAUUGAUAGAAAUCUGCAGGUCUCCCUUAUGGCUGUGGACGAAAUGCACCAGGACCUGCCCACCCUGCAGAAGGAUCCAUACUGGAAUGAGCCAGACCCACAGCCACCCUACACAGCAGCUACUGCAGAAUAUAAGCGGACCUCUUUCCUUGGCUCAACCUUCGACAUCAGCAUGCAGAAAGAAGAGAUGGAAUUCCAACCCCUGGAACAGAUUAAGGAGAAUGAGGAAGCCAACCAUUCAACGCCAUUGUUGGGGCACAUCAGCCGCUUCCUGAAUGUCCAGUCCCCCAGUUUUGCCAGGUCAUCAAAAAUGAACCUGAUGCGUCGGAGGACUGAGAAUGUGCCUCCUUCCCCUUACUAUGUUUAUCCGGAUGUGGGAAAACCUGGGAGCCCCACCAGUAUUAACCAGCAAAGAGGAGACUGCUCACCACCAGGCUUCAGUUCCCAAGAUCAGUGGGACAAGGCAGCUAGUAAACUGAGAGAAUUCGAUGCCUUCAUGUCGACGCCCUUCUAUGAGAGGCCCGGCUUCUACAGCGCUCCACAAACACCUAUCAGCUCCAUCCCAAUGAUCUUCCCAUCUAGGCGCCAAGGCCGUAAGAAGCCUCCUGCUCUCACCAGUAUCACUGCCUGUUCCACCUCUCUGAGGGACAAUGCUGCCAACCAGUCUCCUUGCAGAGCCAGUGAUAUGGACAGAAGUGAGAACUCUCUUGGCUCAGGAACUCGGGAAACUUUUGUUUGGCCGGCAGAAAAAAGCCAAGCUCCGGACUCCUUGGUAGUGACCAUCGAAGAGGAGGCAAGGAACACGUUCAGUCGAUCAAAGGAGACUUCUCCUCUUGGAAGCCCAGGAGGGGCUCUGUCCUCAGGGGACUCUUUAAGUCUCAAGUUCCCCUUCUUUGUGGAAUCCCCAGACCCUGAGAUGCAGGCCAACUGCAAGAACAUGAAAGGCCACCGACAGCUCCGGCUGACCUCAGACAACCCAGCCACGCCAAACCCAGAUCAUACCAGUUUCCUUCAUAGCUACGGCAUCAGGACCCCAAGCAGCAAUGGGCCGACUACAUGCUUUCCAUUCACACCAUUGACAUCCCCAGUGCUUGAGAGAUCCCACCUGAGCAAAGCCAAUGCUGCUGUUGGCCCUGGUUCAGAGCCUUCUCCUGGGGUCAGGGAGCAGGAUUUUCCAGCAGGAUCCGGGGCCUCAAGAGACACCGGAAGUGGAAACACCAGCAGUGCUUAUCAGCCCAAAGAUCAGAGAAAGGCAGCUGGCUCUUCACCCAAUGACUCUGGCAUCUCCCUAGCAGAAGGAGACUUUGUGGGACUCAUGGAAGUGAUCAUGGAAACCAGCGAGAACACGGCUGACGAAGAGAAGGGGGACUGGGAAAAAUGAAUGAGUCAUUGCAUUAGGAUGUGGA